AUGUGCGGCCCGCGGCGCCCUGCCGCUGCCCUCUGCCGGCCAGCGCGGGCACCGGGCAGCGGCCGGGUCCGAGCUAUGUCACCCCGGCGCCCUCGCGAGCUCCUCGGCGGGGCUCCGCUGCCCGAGCCGCCGGCGGCCCCGGGAUGCGGGCUCCGCGCCAAAUGGGGAGGGGGCUCGGACCCAGGCGUCCCGGGGGCGGCCGCCGGGGGCGGGGACGGGAAGCGGAAGCGCUGGGCCUCACCGAGCCGCUCUAGGACCCAGGAGGAGCUGCACGCCUGUGGGGGCUGCCCGCGUCCUCCGGAGCUCGGUGGCCGGCGGGAGGCCGCGUGCCGCGGACAGGGCUACUCUAAGCCGAAGACAGUUGCCCGAACUCGGUGCCAAAGGGAUCCAGGAAGUGAGAACUCCAGGUAUUCUUGGUCUUGGGUUUCCCCACCAGUUCGAGCAUCUCAGCUUCCUACGUUGCCCGCCCCCUUAUUUGCCACACUCAACUUCCUGCCCCACCAGAGGAAGUGGGGAGAGAUAGCAGGUGCAGCGACAGCUAGCAGGGCCAUGGACAAGGAGUAUGUGGGUUUCGCCGCCCUCCCCAACCAGCUGCACCGCAAGUCCGUCAAGAAGGGCUUUGACUUCACACUCAUGGUGGCAGGGGAGUCAGGCCUGGGAAAAUCCACCCUCAUCAACAGCCUGUUUCUCACCAAUCUCUAUGAGGACCGGCAACUGCCAGAAGCCAGUGCUCGCUUGACACAAACGCUGACCAUUGAGCGCCGGGGUGUGGAGAUCGAGGAGGGGGGUAUUAAGGUGAAACUGACCCUGGUGGACACACCUGGCUUUGGGGACUCCGUGGAUUGCUCAGACUGCUGGCUGCCUGUGGUUCGCUUCAUUGAGGAGCAAUUUGAGCAGUAUCUGAGGGAUGAGAGUGGCCUGAACCGGAAGAACAUUCAGGAUUCCCGUGUCCACUGCUGCCUCUAUUUCAUCUCACCCUUUGGCCGAGGGCUCCGGCCCCUAGAUGUGGCCUUCCUCCGGGCAGUGCACGAAAAGGUCAACAUCAUCCCAGUCAUUGGCAAAGCAGAUGCCCUGAUGCCUAAGGAAACCCAGGCCCUCAAGCAGAGGAUCCGGGACCAGCUGAAAGAGGAGGAGAUCAACAUCUACCAGUUCCCCGAUUGUGACUCUGAUGAGGAUGAAGACUUCAAGAGGCAGGAUGCAGAGAUGAAGGAAAGCAUCCCUUUCGCAGUCGUUGGUUCCUGCGAGGUCGUGAGGGACGGCGGAACCCGUCCCGUGAGGGGACGUCGCUACUCCUGGGGUACCGUGGAGGUGGAGAACCCACAUCACUGCGACUUCCUGAACCUGAGACGGAUGCUGGUGCAAACACACCUGCAGGACCUGAAGGAGGUGACCCACGAUCUGCUCUACGAGGGCUACCGAGCCCGCUGCCUACAGAGCCUGGCCCGGCCUGGGGCUCGUGAUCGAGCCAGCCGUAGUAAACUCUCCCGCCAGAGCGCCACAGAGAUCCCGCUGCCCAUGCUGCCUCUGGCCGAGACCGAAAAGUUGAUCCGCGAGAAAGAUGAAGAGCUGCGCCGCAUGCAAGAGAUGCUGGAGAAGAUGCAGGCCCAGAUGCAGCAGAGCCAGACUCAGGGAGAGCAGUCUGAAGCUCUCUGAGGACCCCGCGGAGCCCCGCUUUACCUCGGCUCCGCCUUCAGUCGGUCUCCCAUCCAAUCCUGGAGCCCCAGCCUGAGAGGUCCGCCCCCGCAGGGGGCUCACCGGCUAACGGGUUCUCCCAAUCCCAAAUCUGUGGCCCCGCCUUUGGCUCCGCCCCCACUCGGCCCCGCCCCAGCUUCCAGCUCCGCCCCUGGCCCCACCCCCGCCGCUCUUCACCCAAGCUGUGACUUCAAUAAAAACAGUUUCAGGGCU